CUCCCAUAGCCUCCGCCCUGCCUCCCUGCUUCCUGUUUCUCCAGCUGACUGGGCGGACACUUCAGGGUUCUGUGCCUGACUCCAGCCUCCUCCCUCUACAAUGGCUCAGGCCCUGCUCAGUGUGGACAGUGCACAGUUCAGCUGCUCCAUCUGUCUGGAGCUGCUCAGGGAUCCGGUCACCAUCCCAUGUGGCCACAGCUACUGCAUGAGCUGCCUCACAAACCACUGGGACCGCCAGCCAGUCUGCAGCUGUCCACAGUGCAGAGCCACCUUCAGUCCCAGACCCAAGCUGGGCAGGAACAACCUGCUGGUGGAGAUGAUGCAGAAACUCAGUACUGUGGGCCAGACUGAGGGCCCCUCUGCUCCUCCUCUGUAUGAGCUCCUGGCCCCUGCAGAGGGCCAAGGCUUUGAGCACGCCACCUUUGACGUGUCCUCUGUGCGUCCUGAAGUGACUGAUGGACAGAGGAUCUUGGGGGAAACACGCAGACAGCUGGCAGCACAAAUUAAAGAGAGGGAAUCAGAAGUUCAACAGCUAAAACACAGUCUGAAGUCCUUCUCUCGUUUGGCCAAAGCAGCGGUGAAGGACAGCAGCAGGAUCUUCUCAGAGCUGAUGGAGUUUUUGGAGCACCGUCGUGUUGAGAUGAAGGAGCUGAUCAGGGCUCAGGAGAAGGCUGAACUCACUCGAGCUGAAAACCACCUCCAGCAUCUGGAGCGGCAGAUCUCAGAGCUGAGGAGGAGAGACGCUGAGCUGGAGGGAGUUUUCCACACUCAGGAUCAGCAGCUGAUCACACAGAUGUGUCAGUCUUGUGGUCGUUCAGUCCCUGAGGCGAGCAGCUCUCUGACAGUCAGUCCACACGUCUCCUUCGGACCUGUGAGGACGGCCAUCUCCCAGCUGAAGGAGCAGCUGCAGACCCUCUACAACACAGAAUUUCCAAAUGUCACCUCCACAGUAAAAACUGUAAGCCUUCUGCAGAUGGAAAAGACCAACACAGCUGUAGAAGCUUGGGAUUCUGCACACGUUCCUGCUUUGGACAACAGAGCUGAUCUCCUGCAGUAUUUCUGUCCGCUGUCUUUGGACCCGUUCACUGCACACAGGGAACUUUCUCUGACUGAAGGAAACCGCGUGGCCAGACGAACCGGACAAUUACAGACGUACCCAGACCACCCUGACCGCUUUGACUCCUGGGUCCAGGUGUUGUGUCGUGAGGGUCUACAAGGCCGCAACUACUUCGAGGUGGAGUGGGACGGCCAGCAGGUGGCUCUGGGGCUCACCUACGAGACCAUCGGAAGAAAGGGAUCAUCGGAUCACUGCAGACUGGGACACAACUAUCUCUCCUGGAGCCUCCAGUGCAGCUCGUCCUCCUUCAUCCUCUGUCAUGGAAACCAGAAGAAGGCGGUGGAAGUUCCCUCCGGAUCUGUAUCUCACAGGAUCGGGGUGUUCCUGGACCAUGAUGUAGGUCUGCUCUGCUUCUACGUGGUGAUACCCAGAGGAGUCCAUCUCCUACACAGAGUGGAAACCAAAUUCGACAUGCCUCUCUACCCUGCAGUGUGGCUCGGAGCCAACUGUAGCGUCAGCCUCUGUACCAUCAACUGAGCACGGCCAUCCAAACAUCUACAUGGAAAACACAUGGAGUUUUUAGUGUUACUUUAACUGACUCAGGUAUUAACCACUAGUGCAUGUCAGAAAAAUAGAAUAGUGACUCAAAAAUUCAAAUUUUGAAAGGUAACCUUUCAUUACUCCGCCAAGGAAAUGGAGUUAUGUGACGGCUGGCGUACGUGAAUCCGUCUGUGUGAAACAUUACGGAAAAACAAACCAACGGAUUUGGAUGAAAUUUUCAGGGAAGGUCAGAAAGGACACAAGGAACAAGUGAUUAAAUUUUGGCAUUGAUACGGCUUAUAAUACGGAGCCCCUCUGAUGACGUUAAAAAAAAUAAAUUGUGGCCACAACAUAGCUAUAACGUGCCCAUGAAAUGCUACUUCGUUCGCACGAAGUGGGUACAACAUGCACUCGAAAUACUAAUUUGUGCCCACGAAAUACCAACUAAUACUAUUAAUAUCAUUCCUGGACAGCUGGGUAAGCAAAUUGAGCGCACCCUCUCCACAACCUGCAAUAAUAUGUGUACGGGCUGUACCUACGUGAUGUUCCUAAAAUGAGUGUCUUUUCUUAGUUGUUCUAGUUCAUAUCGUGUUAUCCCGCAUUUAGGAAGUUAUUUAUUUAGGCCUGUGUUUGUUGCAACGGGUAGCCUAUCUGCUGAUGUGUCACCCAAUAAACAAACUUUUUAUCCUCAUCCUGUUACUACAGGCUGUUUUGUUGUGCCAAUAUGUAGCCGUAAACUCAUUUGUGUCUGUAGGAGCUGCAGCCCUGCACACAUAUCAGGACACUUUUCAAGAACAGCUAAGGGGUGUAGGCAUACUACUAAGCAAGGUAUGUUGAGCAUGUUGGCUUAAAAUGAGCUCAAAUAAAUGUAUUUUAAGGAUACAGCAGGUAGAUACCGUAAAACUGCUCACCAUCCAAUGAGGCCGGAGAAAUUGUUUAUUGAAGCUUGCAUUUAAAUAAAAUUUAUUAAAACAAAAACACAAUAUAAACACUUAAGGGUGGCAAACGUAAAGUAUUAAGAAAAAGUACAGUUUGAAGACAUGAAUUACAACAUAGAAAUCACCUCUGCACACCAUGAGUGCGGUGAUAAAAAGCAACAUUAGCUCCAGAAAAACCAUGUCUAUUCAACACAGCAUAACAGCAACAGUUUAGUGCGAGAGCUGAAGGCGUAAUGUGGGUGGCUUUACUUCCUCCUCUAACUGAAACAGAGACUGUUUUGUAGCUGUUUGUCAAAUCCAGCAGCUUCUGUUUUAUGCAGAAAAAUAAGCAGAAACUAUGGUGGGCUUUGCACGCUGAGGAAGCUCUGGAAAAAAAAGGAAAAUGAAAAGAAUGUAUUUAAACAGCCAUUACAUCAUUCCAACGUGUCAAUUAAAAACAGUUUCUUCUUCUUUUAAUGUCAAAGUGAAGACAUCCAAACCAGUAUUAGAACAUGGUUGUAAGGUAAUUACAAUGCGGAUGGUGUAAACAUGACUAUGUGAAGUGCUACGAGGUGACAUAUGCUGUAAACUGGAACUAUAUAAAUAAAAUCUAACUGAAUUCAAGCACUGAUA